AUGUCGCCCAGAGAUGCAUACUCCGUCAUUUUGAAUGUGUGGGAUGAGUCUUUGCCCUUCUGCCCCUCGCCCUUCGCCCUCCUCCCCGGCCUGGAGGACCUCGGCUGCAUGUACCAGAUCGCCUACUCCCAGACCUGGAACAACAGCCGCCAAACCUGCCGGGGCGUGGGCGGCGACCUGGCCGUUCCUUCCGGUCCCGACCAGUACAAUAGGAUGAGGGCGCAUUACAGGAUAAAGAUACCAAGCGGCCUUUGGUGGGUGGGAAUCUACAACAACGUGUGGCUGACCGGGCGAGCGGGCGUGGCGGCUGAGUGGAACGCCGGGCAGCCCACCGGGGGAACGGAGCUAUGUGGGGCCAUGUUGACUGCCUCCAUCAUGGCCGAUUACCUGUGCUCUACUGGAUACUGGGCGCUGUGCCAGGUGUGGCCCUGA